AUGAAGAAGCAUGGCUUAUUAAAUAGACUUACGCUUAUUUCAGUGAACGAUCAUAGUAAAGUAGCUCUAUUUAAGCAUAUAAUCAGAAGUUUAAAUGAACCUAACAUAUACUUGAUUGAAAGAGCUGUUUUCUAUCUCCCAGAAAAUUUUUGUAGAUCUAUUUUGCAACAGACUCUCGCAAUUGUUAGAGAUGGAGGUUAUAGGACUUAUGAUAACUCUCGCUUCAAGAGUCCUGGAGGGAUAUUUUUGAGAAUACUUAAGAAUAGUAUUACUAAGGAUGAAUUAAAGCUGAUUUGGAAUACUAAGAAGAAAAAAAAGAAACAAGAAAAGAAGAGAAUAAAAAAUCAGGAUGUAUCUUUAAGUAGAACUAUAAAAAGUACAUAUUCUGAUGAAGAAGGAGCCUUAUCACCAAUAUCUAUACUUACAGAUGAUUUACAUGAUACUCUACUUAUUAAAAAUUGA